AUCGUUGCAACUUGCAAUUAAAUGAUUAAUAGGCCCAAUGACAAAAUAUAAGGCUAUGGAAGAUGAAGUCAUGAACAGUUGAACACCAUCACAAAGAUUUUCCGAGGAUUGCAUAAAAAUCAAAUCCAACCUCUGAUAUAAAAUCACCCGCUUUGAGAGGAAUAUCUUCUUCCGAUAUCUGGGGUUGUAAUCUUUCUGUUUCUUUUAGUCGACCCUUUUGAACAGUUUGUUCUGACUUCACUACGUGACCACGCUACCAUCUUCACUCUUCUUCAUACUAUCAGUAAACAAUUAAACACCCAAUUGUACAAAACCUCAAUCCAAUUCAUCUCUGCUUACUUCAUAAUCGUAAUCGAUCUGUUUUUCGUUUAAUUUAUCCGCCAAAUGAGGAAAAGGGCUCGUAUCGCACAAAACACGGGGGAUCAUCAUCAUCAUCAUCAUCAUCAUGAUUUAAAUUCGAAUGAUUUCAUCAGCCGAAUGCCGGAUGAUAUCCUUAUAUCUAUUCUAUCUAGUCUGCCUCUUAAAGAAGCAACAAUCACUAGCAAUCUGUCAACAAGAUGGAGAUACUUAUGGUGUCAAACAGAUGGUUUGGACUUUGAUGCCAAUGAGAAGUUAGAUAAAAUAGCAACGGAUCCAAAAUCACUCAUUACAGAAAGACCCAAAUACAUCAAUUUGGUAAACCGUGUAACCCGACAACACAAGGCCCCCACCAUUAAUCUCUUCAGAAUUUCUUUCGAUUUAGAUAAAAGAUCCAAAGGUGCCAUUGAUAAAUGGGUUGAUUUUGCAAUAUCCAAAAGAGUUCAAAAGCUAGAACUGGAUUUAUUAGAGAAUGGUGAAACCCUUCGGCAACCUCCAAAAAACUAUGUUUUUCCCAUCAAAUGUUUGAAUGUUCCGAAAUUGGUUUAUGGUAAAGAAACAGAGUUAAAGUUUCUUAAAUCCCUUUUCUUGAAAUGUGUUAAUGUGAGCGAAGAAGUAUUUGGAAAAAUUUUAACCAAUUGUUGGGGUCUUCAACAACUAUCGAUUCAUGGGUCGGGCGAUUUGGUAAAUGUGAAAAUUAGUGGACCAUCUCUUGUAUUGAAGCACUUUGAAAUAGUCUUUUGUUUUGGAGUUAAAUCUAUUGAGAUUAAAGAUGUAAAGCUCGAGUCUUUUAGCUAUUUAGGUCCCGGGAUUACUAUGAAACUUAGUAAUCUUCCAUUGCUUCAAGAGAUUUCAAUUGGCGAAGGGUAUUCAGGAUUUGAAAAUAAUGUGUUUGGGCAGAUAUCAUGUUGCAUUUCUCACCUUCAGAUUCUUACAUUGGACAUUUACAGUCCAGAGGAAAAUAUAAAGUCUCUUUCUUUCCCUGAGCUACCAAAACUCAAGCAAUUGAUUUUGAAAGUUGGAGCAUGGGAUGAUGAUAGUCUUCUUCAGUUUACUUCUUUGGUUAAGGCAUGUCCGAAUUUGAGGAGAUUUGUGAUGCAGUUAAUAUGGAUGUCACCAGCGAGAAGAAGAAGAAAAAUAAGGCAUGCAGAUAAGCAUCCACAUCGACAGCUUGAGAUUUUGGAAAGAAACCCAGUAGGAAAUCAGCAGUUUAAGAAGGAGAAAUCUGCUAGAUCUUGUGCUAAGAAGCAGCUUCAACCAAUAACACCUCAUGCUGUUGAAUUGGUAAUACUCUAA